UACGCAAUAAGUGCUCAAAGAGUCAAAUAACACAUACGAUUCAAAUUGAGUUCAUUUAAAAGCAACAGUCUAUAUUGAGUACAAACCAUCAGAUGGAACUGGACAAACAUGUCAUUUUGGUUCUUGUGUUCAACCUGGGUUGUGAAGCCUGUUUGAUCUCAUUUAAUCUUGAGUAUUAUUAAAGUCAUUUAUGUACAAUGUGAAGAUUUAGAUUAUUAAUUAAGUGUCUCAGUAAUAAUAAUCUUUCAUUAUUAUCAUUGUUAUCUCUAUCAAUUUAAUGAUUCAAUUGGUGACUGGAAGAUCUAUCUACAUUUACAAAAAUUAAGGAAUACAAGUCAAGUGAUCAAGCGAGUAAUUUUACAUUUGCCUGGGUUACACCUGACAAACCGAGUUUAUUGGUCUGAAAGAAAGCUAUUGGCGUUUUUAUUGGAAGGAAAUAUUGUUGGUUAUUGCUGCAACAUUAUUUAUUAUGAAUCCCAUAUUCAUUUAUAACAGGGUCUAUUCCAGGAAUAUCAUUUAUUAGGAAGGAGAACUAAAGGAGAGAAAGCAAUAUCUAGGUAUCCAACCAAAGUCAACCAAAACAACCCAUCUGAUGAGCUCUAUCAACUUAUCCUCUUGAAUCUCUUCAAAAUACCUGUAUUUCCCCAUCAUCAGUAUUCCCCGUGUUUUCAUGGUGUUCACUUUGUUUCUUAUAUUGGUUAAUGACUUACAAUGAAGUCAUAACUCGGGUAAAUUUACCGGGAAAGUAAUCGUUUUGAGCACUGGUCCAACUUCGACAUUUGAAUAAUCAUUCAAUAUUAUUUUUAUCAUCACAACUUCUAGCUUUAUAAAAAGCAUUUUUUUCUGUGAGACUCUUGUCAGUUGUAUCGCUAAACUUUCUUCAUCAAUUUAAAUCAUAUUUCACCUGACAAGUUGUGAAUUAAUUAUUGAAUACCCUGUGAUCCAGAUCUAUUGGUUUUAAACAGUCAUAGUGCCAUCUUUAAACUGAAGAUCAUCGUAUAUUUGUCAAAAUGUCGGAACGAAGUGAACUUAAAGUUGCUCGAUGGUACUUUGGUGGUGUUGCUUCUGCCAUGGCAGCCUCUUGUACUCAUCCACUCGAUCUGUUGAAAGUCCACCUUCAAACCAGCUUUGCAGAACAAGGAGGCCAUGUCCAAGCUACUCUACUCACAACAACAAGUUCAAUUGUUCGCAGUCAAGGAGUCAUUGCGCUUUACAAUGGUCUUACUGCGUGUCUCUUAAGGCAGCUUACUUAUUCAACUACUCGAUUUGCUGUUUACGAAGCAAUCAAGCAAAGAUUAGUUACAAUUGACCCAAAUGACCCUAAAGGUAUACCCAAUAUGCCAUUCUACCAAAAAGUUUUAGCUGCUGCUUUUUCUGGUGCUGUUGGUGGCUUCGUGGGAACUCCGGCAGAUAUGGUUAAUGUUAGAAUGCAAAAUGAUAUCAAAUUACCAUAUAAUGAGAGAAGAAAUUAUGCUCAUGCAUUCGAUGGUAUACUUCAAGUUUACAAACGCGAAGGAGUUUCCAGAUUAUUCAAUGGAGCAACUUCAGCCACCUCUCGAGCUGCCUUAAUAACGAUCGGUCAAAUAUCUAUGUAUGAUCAAUUCAAGUACAUGAUGAUGAAAUAUGCUCCAAAUGUUUUCGAAGACAAUCUAAACACGCAUUUUAGUGCAAGUUUCCUGGCUGGAGCUUGUGCUACAACCAUGACCCAGCCAUUAGAUGUAAUAAAAACUCGUAUGAUGAACGCACCGCCCGGAGUUUACAGAGGCAUAGCACACUGUGCGGGUACAGUUUUUAAAGAGUGUGGACCUUUAGGUUUCUUCAAAGGUUAUGUUCCUGCGUUCGUCAGACUUGGACCUCAAACUGUUUUAACCUUUAUAUUUUUUGAACAAUUGCGUAUACGUUUUGGAAAAAGUCGUUAAUUAUUGUUGUUUUGUUGAUUAUAUUAUAUCAAUUAUCUUCGCUGUUCAGAUGACAUUAUUUAGUUUAUUGAAUCUAAAAUACAAUGGCUCAAAAACAUGGAUAAAAUAUCGUGUGGUUUUAUUCUAAUUUUAUUGUAAUUUCAUCGUUGUUCAACGUUUUCAUGACACUACUUUACCUGUCUCAAAUUCGUCUCAUUUUAAAUUUUCAUCAUCUCCUUGCCAAGACAUCAUUCCUACCUUUAUUCUGGUUAACUCAUAUAGAACUCAAUCUAUUUCAUUGAAGACAUUUAUUGUUAUACUCAAAUCUAAUCAAAUGUGAGCAAAAUUUUUGCAAUUCAAUCUUUUUCUGAUGUAAAUAGAAUCUUGUUUGGUGUUAAAAAUUCAAUAAAAUGUUGUAAAACAGCAA